AUGCUUUGGCUGCUAUUUUCAGCCAUAAUAUAUCUUGUCGAUGCUGGCUCUACUCCCUACUUCGAUCUCACCCGAUACAACGACUUCGUGGAGUUUGAAGAUUACAUCAGAGAAGUAGCUCGUCUUAAUCCUGACUUUGUUCAAUUACGGAAAAUAGGAAGAUCACAUGAAGGACGUCCAUUGUUAGGCAUCAAGAUUGGAUCCUACACCAAUAGCACCAAACCGGCUGUUUGGUUGGAUGGGGGAAACCAUGCGAGGGAAUGGCCGGCUUUUCACGUAGCUGUCUACUUCAUUGAACAACUUGUGAAUAAAUACAAGGUGGACGAGACAAUUACGAAGUAUGUCGAUUUACUCGAUAUUUACGUCUUUCCAGUAUUGAAUCCCGAUGGCUUCAUCUUUUCUCGCAGUUCGAAAGCUUCCAUGAUUCGGCAAUGGAGAAAAAAUCGGGCGCCUCAUAACUGUUCAGGUUGGACAGCAGCUCAAAAAGGAGUCUGCUGUGAAGGCGUUGAUCUCAACAGAAAUUAUGACUUCGAGUUCAAGCAAACAAACUAUCCAUUCAACAAUCCUUGUUCGGAUGAGUUUCAAGGACCACAUCCGUUCAGUGAGCCAGAAACAAGAGCAGUUCGUGAUUUCAUACUGUCGAAAGAAAUAUAUGGCCGUUUGCAUGCAUUAGUUUCACUACAUACACAUGGUCAACUAUGGAUAUUGCCAUACAAUCAUCACAAGAGAACAUACCCAGAAGAUUUCAAAGACCUAGAAGCAUUAGCGGCUAAAGCAGCAGAUAGUGUGUAUUCCUACAGAGAAACUAAAUACAGAAUUGGAACAGCAGCAGAUAUGUUAGGUGUGGCAAGCGGAGGUGCAACUGAUUGGGUAAAGAAAAACACACCAACAAAGUAUGUGUAUGUAUUGGAGCUACCUCCUGAUAUGUCAACUUGGUUCGCUUUUCAAAUUAAACCCCAUUGGCUGAUUCCGAUAGGAAAAGAAACAUGGCUUGGCAUCAAGGUGAUAAUGGAUCAGGUUAUCAAGGAAACCGUUCAAGUCCCUAACGUUCAAGCUCAAGCUGAACGUUUACCACAACAACGACCAAACCAACAAAGACAACAUCCUACACUACCCCUUCGAGUGGUUUCUAACAGAAACAAAAACUAA